AUGUCGGUACCUGCUCAGGAGCGCGACCGCUCCGGCUCCCUCCACUCGGAUGAGAAGGAGGCCAUUGGCUACCCCAUCCAGGGCAACACCCUCACCAAGGAGACUGGCAUUUCGGCCCACGAUGCCGAGGCCAACUCGGCCUUUGAGGACAUCAACUCGGGCUUUGACGAGGCCGAGGUGAAGCGUGUGCGCCGCAAGGUCGACCGUCGUCUGUUGCCCAUCCUCGGUGCGCUCUACUCGAUCGCGCUCAUCGACCGAACCAACCUUUCGGCCGCCCGUAUCGCCGGUGCCGGUGUCGAGCUCAAGCUGACGGCAGGCACCAACUACAGUGUGCCGCUGCUCAUGUUCUUCGUCCCCUACAUCCUGCUCGAGAUGCCGUCCAACCUGCUGCUCCGCAAGAUUGGUGCCGCCAAGCAGCUCUCCUUCAUCGCCUUCUGCUGGGGUGUGGUCAUGAUCGGCCAGGGCUUUGUCCACUCGUGGCAGAUGCUCACCCUCACGCGUGCGCUCAUCGGUGCCUUUGAGGCCGGCUUCUUCCCCGCUUGUGUUUGGCUCAUCUCGACUUGGUACGUCCGCCGCGAGUCGCAGGUGCGCAUGUCGGCCUUCUACCUCAUCUCGGUCGGUAUCUCGGGCUUCUCCAACAUCAUCGCCUACGGCAUGUCGCUCAUCAAGGUUUCCGACCGCACCUUCCGAGGCUGGCGCUGGAUCUUCAUCAUCGAGGGUCUGCUCACCGUCGUGCUCGCCUUUGUUGCCUACUUCCUCAUCCUCGACUUCCCGGACAAGGCUGCCGAGAAGGGCUUCCUCACCAUCCAGGAGCGCGACAUGAUCCUCACGCGCAUUGAGCGCGACCGCGGUGACUCGAAGCCCGACGCUCUCACUUGGGCCAAGGCUCGCAAGUACGCUCUGGACAUCAAGUGCUGGCUCUACGGCCUCAUGUUCAUGUGCACCACCAUGCCUACCUAUGCCUUUGCCUACUUCCUGCCCGUCAUUCUCCGCGGUCUCGGAUAUACCGUCAAGGAUGCCUUCCUGCUGGGUGCCGCGCCCUACGUGGUUGCGAUGGUGGGUGCCUUCGGCACCGCCGUCAUUGCCGACCGCUUCUUCAUCCGCAUGCCCAUCCUCAUCUGCCAGUGUCUCCUGACCAUUGCUGGUUUGGGCAUGCUCUUCGCUACCAAGCAGCGCAACGUGCAGCUCGCCGGCUGCUUCCUCGGCGUCUGGGGUGCCAACUCCAACAUCCCCUUCGUGCUCAACUUCUCGCAGAACAACGUUGCAGGCCAGAGCAAGAAGUCGUUUGUGUCGGUCAUUGUCAUCAUGUUCGGUGGUAUUGGCGGUAUCUUUGCCUCGCUCGCCUACAACGAGAAGGACGCCCCGCUGUACCGCAAGGGUCUCUACGCCACGCUCGCCUGCCAGGCCUUCAACGUGCUCUGCGGUAUCGGCUUCACGCUCUACUUCUACAGCGCCAACAAGAAGAUCCGUGCUGGCCGCAAGGUGGUCGACGACCGCCCCGGCUUCACCUACACCAUCUAA